UGAGUCAUUUUAUUUCACAAAAAUUGUAAAUUUAUUAUCUUCAUCACUACCUGUAAAUGACAACUCAACCGUUUUGGUCCAGCAGGUUUCUAAACAUUACAAAAUCAUAAUAUGCUGAAAUAAUUUCAUAAUGUCUACAAGAAAGAAGUUUAGAAUUUUGUAGUAAGUACUCAGUGGAGGCUUUGCUGUAACGAGGUGAACUGAAAAAGCUUACCUUCCAAAGACACAGUACAACAAAACUAGUACAGCAGGACAUUAAAGGGGGAUUAUGACAUGUUGACUGACCUGAUGAUGGCGCUACAGUUCAUCCUGAGGGGGGACAUGAAGGUCUGAAGCACAUUUAAUCACUAUCCAUCCAACAGAGAGCCCUACAGUCAGACAUCAACACCACCUGCAGAGAAUAAACCCUGUUAUUCAGGUCAGACGAUGCAGGAGCUUCAGUGUAGUGGCUCUGACAGCCUGAUGGUGGCACUGCUGAGUCUGCAGACGAGGAUGAUCUCUGGCUCCUGAACUGCUUACCUUAAUCCCAUUAGCUCAGACACUCAGAUUACAGAUUACUGUCUGUCCACAGGGGGCGGGCCUCCAUUGACCCCGCCCCCUGACCUCAGACUGUGUGUGUGUGUGUGAUUAAAGUGGAUUUAGACGUUGACUGGCAGCAGAUGAAGAUGGACGGCAGCUCUGAGAGACGGUGAAUCUUCUCUCUGACGACCUGGAGUCUGCCAGUGACAUUAUCAGCAGGUGACUCCCUUCCCAUGGUGCCCUGCAGCCUCCGGGGUCGCCAUGGGAGACGAGUCUUACCCAGAAUGCCGAGCUCAGGAGCUGUUUGACGAGUUUGUGUCAGCGUCGACCUGCAGGGCGACGCUGAGGUCCUUCAGCCAGCUGUGUGACCAUCUGCAGCUGGACCAGAGCGCCGCCGAGAGGCCUCUGUACCGGACCAUCAAGUGCCGCCUCAACUACUGGAGGGCCAACGCUCUGUGGGCCAAACUGGACCGAAGGGCCGGCCAGCAGGAGUACCAGAGGGCCCGGGUCUGCAGCAACACCACCUGCGUGAUUAUCGGGGCGGGGCCCUGUGGUUUGAGGACGGCGGUGGAGCUGAGCUUCAUGGGAGCUCGGGUGGUGCUGCUGGAGAAGAGAGACUCCUUCUCCAGGAACAACGUGCUCCACCUGUGGCCCUUCACCAUCCACGACCUGCGGGGCCUCGGGGCCAAAAAGUUCUACGGGAAGUUCUGUGCCGGCUCCAUCGACCACAUCAGUAUCCGUCAGCUGCAGCUGGUCCUCCUGAAGGUCGCCUUACUGCUGGGGGUCCAAGUCCACGUCAACGUGGAGUUUAAGAACCUGGUGGAGCCGCCGGAGGAUCAGCACAGGCACAAGGUGGGCUGGAGGAUGGAGGUGAGUCCAAAGUCUCAUCCUCUCAAUCAGCUGGAGUUUGAUGUCAUCAUUGGAGCAGACGGACGCAGGAACACACUACCAGGUUUCAGGCGUAAAGAAUUCAGAGGGAAGCUGGCCAUCGCCAUCACAGCCAACUUUAAAAACAGAAACACCACCGCUGAGGCCAAAGUGGAGGAGAUCAGCGGGGUGGCUUUCAUCUUCAACCAGAGGUUCUUUCAGGAACUACGGCAGGAAACUGGGAUCGAUCUGGAGAACAUUGUGUACUACAAAGAUGACACUCACUACUUUGUAAUGACGGCAAAGAAACAGAGUCUGUUGGAGAAGGGCCUCCUCCAUCAGGAUUUUGCAGACACCGCGCAGCUCCUCUCUCGUGGGAACGUAGAUCAGAAUGCGUUGCAAGCAUAUGCCCGCGAGGCAGCCAACUUCUCCACCAAUCACCAGCUGCCAUCGCUGGACUUCGCCAUAAAUCACUACGGUCAGCCGGACGUCGCCAUGUUCGAUUUCACCUGCAUGUACGCAUCAGAGAACGCCGCAAUGGUUCGUCAGCGACACGGACACCAGCUGCUGGUCACACUUGUGGGGGACAGUCUGCUGGAGCCCUUCUGGCCGAUGGGGACAGGAAUAGCUCGAGGGUUUCUGGCAGCUCUGGAUUCAGCCUGGAUGAUACGAAGUUGGGCCCAAGGCGGAGCUCCUCUGGACAUCCUGGCAGACAGAGAGAGUGUGUACCGUCUCCUCGCUCAGACGACUCCAGAAAACCUGCAGAAGAACUUCAGUCUGUUUACAGUCGAUCCAGCGACCAGAUACCUGAACAUCAACCGUUUGCUCACAACACCUGCUCAGGUGAGACAUCUGGUGGACACUGGAGAAGAGGCGGGGCUAAACACAGACUGUGGUGACAUCACCCGUGUGCCGUCACCCAGAUUCCCCAGACAGAGUUCUUUCUCUCAGUCCAAUAAGCUGCUGAGUUGGUGUCAGGAGCAGACUCGUGGUUAUCGCGGUGUUGACGUUAGAGACCUGACUACUUCCUGGAAGAGUGGCCUCGCUCUCUGUGCCCUGAUUCAUCGAUAUCGACCUGAUCUGAUUGACUUUGAGUCUCUGGAUGAGUCGUCGGUGGAAGAAAACACUCGUCUGGGCUUCGACGUGGCUGAACGGGAGUUUGGGAUUUCUCCUCUGAUGACGGUGGAAGAAAUGUCGUCUGUAGGAGAACCGGACUCUCUGUCUGUGGUGAUGUACCUGAGUCAGUUCUACCAGCUGCUCAAAGACACACCGCCCCCUGCUGUUUCAGGUUGUCUGAGUCAGAGUUCUGACCUGAGAUCAGCUCUCAUCACUCCGGCCUCCCUCCUCAGCAGACUGGGACUCAGCCCAUCCAGAAAGAGGAACCCAAAGGAGCAGAAAGACGCUCGUGGUAAAAGGAGGAAGACCAGCGGGCCGUGUCGAGAGCAGCAGGAGUCAUGUGACCGCAACGGGGAUGUCGACCGCCAGGAGUAUGAAGAGGCGUUUGUGGGCGGGUCCAGUCGCUCCAGAGUGCGUCUGAUGGCCAAUCAGCUGCAGGCGAAGCUGGACGAGAGCUCUACUUCCUGCAGGAGUUCUUCUUCUGCUGCUGCAGCUUUACGCCGCCAGUGUCUGCAGAUGUACACAGGUGGAGUGAGCUCAUUGGCCGAGCAGGUGGCUAAUCGCAUUCAGAGUCAGGGGGAAGUGAAUCUGUCCUCAGGCUGCAGCGAUGUCUGUUUCUUCUGUCAGAGGAAAGUUUACCUGAUGGAGCGUUUGAGUGCCGAAGGUUUAUUCUUCCAUCGCAGUUGCUUCCAGUGUUUCCACUGCAGCACCACACUGAGGCUGGCUGCAUACGCCUUCGACCAGCACACAGCGAGGUUCUACUGUCUCCACCACCUGGACGCUCGUCUGAACGCUGUGAGGCAGAGAGCGAGCGACAGAGCGACUGCACAACCCACGCCACCUGCGUCUCUGGGCUCAGCCCCAUCACUCUCCUCUGCAGACUCUCUGAUGACCGCUGGUCGUCGUCGCUCUUCAGUUGUUUCUGUGAUGGUGGCGACGCCUGAGAGGAUCGAGCUGGAAAACUACCGCCGGAGCUCGACGAAGAUGGAGACGGAGCUGCUGGAGGAGCCUGAGGGCCCCGAGGAGCCCGAGGAGGUCUCUGAGGAGACCCUGAACCGGUUCAACCUGAGCCUGGACGAGAAAAUCAACCACAGGUCCAGUUCAGAGUCUGAGAUGGAGGAGGACGAGGAGGAGGACAGCGGUCGCCCUCGAGUGGCUUCAGAGGAGGCCAGAGCUUCAUGGGGGGAAGCUCUGAAGCUCCACCUGAAGGACGAGGAGGAGGAGGAGGAGGGGGAGGAGGAGGAGGAGGAGGAGGAGGAGGAGGAUGAGGAUGAGGAGGAGGAGGAGGACGAGGACGAGGAGGAGGGGGAGGGGGACGAGGACGAGGAGGACGAGGACGAGGAGGAGGAGGUAGAUGAAGAAGAAGGAAGCAGUGAGGUGCAGUCCAGUGAUGAGGGGGAGUACAGCCCCUGGGACAUGGAGCGACGCUCGGGCUUGUGGCUCCUGUUAGAGGAGGAGACAGGUAGAAUCCAAACUUACCAAACUACAUUCAUAAAAACAUGAAAUUUAGAUGAGCAUCACCGCAUUAACACACAGCAUUAAGCUGAUUUCUGUGCUGUCAUGUGACCAUUUUAACAACACAAAUAUUAUUUUAACCAGCUGCAGAUCAGCUGUUUGUUUAACACGGUUUGUUUUUUUUCAUCCUGAGGGUCGCAGUAGCAAAGAAACACUGAGAGGAAAAGGCUGAUUUUUUCUGUAAUCACUGGGGGAAAAUAAUCUUGAUCCCUCACCAAUAUGUGUUACAAAUGGAGGUGUGGAGGAAGAGGAGGCUGUUUGCCUAAUCACAGACACUGAGCAUUAUGGGAAAUGUAGGAUCCAGUGUUUUAUAGUCAGGAGUCACCACCUCAGCCCCCCAACACCCCCACAAUACAACACCUGAAAGAAAGAAUAGUUUAUAUUUAUGUUGCUGUUUGAAAGCCUUUUGCACUUGGCUUCUAUAAUCUACCUGCCAUGUGUAAACUCACCGCG